UGCUGUUGAGUAUAUGAUUGCGUCUGAAGUGAGGCAGUGUUUCUAUAUUGUGCCAUCUUUCCAAAAGAUUACCACAUAGAGAAUGAGAAGUUGAUUAGAUUGUGGAUGGCGCAAGGCUACUUUAAAGAUGAUAUGGAAAUUGUUGGUCAGGUGUACUUUGAUAAUUUGGCCAUGCGCUCCUUUUUCCAGCACCUAAAAAAUGAUUGUUUUGAUGAAACCAGAUUAAUAUGCAAGAUGCAUGACAUAGUGCAAGAUUUUGCUCAAUUUUUGACGAAAAAUGAAUGUCUUAUAAUAGAAACUAAUGAUAUUGAAGUGCCUAAAAUAAAGUCUGUUCAUGAAAGAACACGUCAUUUAAUGAUCUUUGGUGAGAAAAAUUCACCGUUUCCUGUCUCUGUUUACAAGUUAAAGAAGUUACGGAGCCUCUUGCUUCGGUUUCCUUCCCAUGAGUUUGAGAGUGGUGAACUUCUACUUGAUUUAUUUGGUCAAUUGACAUGUCUUAGGUCAUUGGAUUUGAGCAGACCUAUUUUUGGUGUUAGUUCAAUCCAUAGACUCCCGAAUGAGGUAGGACAAUUGAUACAUUUGAGACUUCUUGAUUUAUCUUGGAAUACAGAACUGACAAAAUUACCUGAAUCUUUAUGUCAUUUAUACAAUCUUCAAACUCUGAAUAUUCGCUGGUGUCUGGAUCUAAAAGAACUUCCUCAUGGGAUGGGAAAACUAAUCAAUUUGAGACAUUUUGAUAACUUGGGAACUGCGAGUCUAACAUUUAUGCCCAAAUGUUUGGGAAGAUUAACUUCUCUUCGUACAUUUGAACGCUUGGUGGUGGGAGGCAUUAGUAAUGAUGGUGAAGCUAUGACUCUUGGAGAUCUACGGCAACUAAACAAUCUUCGGGGCACUCUCUACAUAAGAGGAUUAGGAAGCGUGAAAGAUGUCCAGGAGGCUACAAAUGCUCAACUUCUAAAUAAGAAACAUCUUUUGAAGUUGAUGCUUCGAUUUGAUGGACAGAUAACAGACACAGAUAGAAUUGAUGAUCUUCUUCUUGAAGCCUUGCAACCACCUUUGGACUUGGAAAUAUUAUAUAUUGAUGAAUAUAUGGUGCUUGCUAUUUGGCCAAGUUGGUUAAUUCAACUGACAAGGCUAAGGGAGCUCAGACUUGAGUCCUUUAAAAAUAUUGAACAGUUGCCUCCACUUGGGAUCUUGCCUGCUCUUCAAGUGCUCUAUAUUAAAAACAUGCCUAAAGUGAAUAAAGUGGGCCUUGAGUUUUUAGGAAUAGGCACUCCUCCAUUUUCUUCUUCUUCUCCUGCCUUCCCUCAACUACAAGUGCUUAGAUUUGAUGACAUGGCAAACUGGGAAGAAUGGGAUUAUGAAAUCACAACAGGAACUGUUCAUCAUAGUACUAGUAAUACCAAUACUAGCACAUUUAUGGUAAUGCCACUCCUCAAAUCCUUGCGCUUUUUUGCCUGUCACAAGUUGAAGGACCAAGAGAAGAUUCGGCAGGAUUUAGUAAAAGCCUCUACUACAUCACUCUUGAUGGAUCUACUUUCUGCAACUGUAACAACUAUUGAUUCACAGUGGGAAGAGGAGCAAGAUUUCAACGAUAUGAAUCAAAGGAUUUUAAAGUUAACAAAAACCAGAAGACAUCUAAAAUCAUUCAAAAGAGCAUAUGAUGAAAGAAUUCAAUCUGAAAAAGAAAGAUGGAUUACUCAGAACUGAGAAUAGGGAUAUAUGUGUACAUAUAUAGCCCUAUGGCUGGCUUUUGUAACCCUUAUUUGCUGCUUGUGUGGAGUGAAUUCAGCAUAUUGCAAAGUGGAAAAGAAAUCAUAUUUGUCAAAUGAUGCUAAUUUUAUUUAGCCAGCUAGGCCCAUAAUAGAUGUAAUUGCUUUAUUUGCAACUAUUUGAAGUUUUAUUGUGAUGAUUAGAGACCCUAA